UAAAUCGUAAUUCAUCUUACAACACACUCACCUAUGACCAUUCAACCUUCAAGCAAAUUGCGCGCAUCAUGAGCGGACAAAAAAAAGACAUCGAGAUGUCAGCCCAAAAUAGGUCAACAAAUCCUGCAACCGAUAAAUCCGCAUCGGAGCCCCCGCCGUACUACAACUCCGAGCCGUCCAGCCAACCGCCGACGUACAAGACGCCAACAACCCAAAAGUCGCAGUCCCAAUCCUCACGCCAACAUGCCUCGGUAGCGAGUAUCAACGCAGUUCUGGCCAGUCCGGAAGUAGUGAGUCCAGAUGUGGCCUCCCGGGAAAGAAAAGAAAAGUUACCAUGGCGGACGCGUUGGAAAGACUGGUGGAAAAGCUGGGAGAUCGUGGACGAGGACCAACGCUGGCAACCGGAUUCCGGUUCACAGCCGAAGCUUAACUACUGGGGCGCAAGAGUUGAUGGAAAGCAAACCAGAGAGAGGAGAUUCAAGUGA